AUGCGACGACUGAAACGGACUGCCCUUCCCACCAUCCAACCAAAACUAUCGAUCCGCUAUGUGGAUGACACCUUUGACAUUAUCAAAUGCUCUCAACUUGAGGAAACCCUUUUACUCAUCAACAAAAUCCUCAGCGACAUAAAAUUCACCAGCGAAGAGGAGGACAAUGACAGGCUUCCCUUUGUGGAUGUAGUGGUCAAACAUAAAGCCAACGGUGAGCUCCAGACCAGCGUACACAGGGAGGCCACCCAUACAGAUCAGGUAUUCAACUACAAUAGCAAUCAUCCCAAUACCCCCAAAUGGACCUGCAUCAAAACGCUGUUCAAGCGAGCUGCAACACACUGCAGCACCGUGGAGCUGCGCAAAGCUGAGGAAGAACACCUUUCCAGCAUCUUUAGAAACAACGGUUACCUGAAAAGCGUAGUCCGCCGAUACCUACACAACAGACCACAACAGGAAGACACAACAUGUUCAGAGACACUCGUCACUCUAACAUACAUUAAGGACAUAUCUGAGAUGACCACCAGAUUUCUCCAUCCCCUCGGCAUCAUGGUAGCCCACAAACCGAAGGCUUCGCUACGACAGCCGCUGAUGAGAAUAAAGGAUCCGACAACCGCAACUAAUGGAACCAAUGUUAUUUACAAGUUACCAUGGUGCUUUGAGUGUUGCAUCAAGUGUCUGGGUGGUAUUCCCUAUGCAUCGCUGAUAGCCACUAUCCUCCUGUACGCUGGUGUGGCACUGUUCUGUGGCUGUGGUCAUGAAGCCCUCUCUGGAACAGUCACAAUCCUGCAGAAUAACUUUGAGGUGGUAAAAGGUGCUGGAGAUGCCAUAGAUAUUUUCACUAUGAUUGAUAUCUUCAAGUAUGUCAUCUAUGGUGUGGCAGCUGCCUUCUUUGUAUAUGGCAUUCUGCUGAUGGUCGAAGGAUUUUUUACAACUGGUGCCAUUAAGGAUCUUUAUGGAGACUUCAAGAUCACUACCUGCGGUCGAUGCGUUAGUGGCUGGUUUAUCAUGCUGACUUACAUCUUCAUGCUGGCAUGGCUGGGAGUGACAGCCUUCACCUCACUGCCUGUCUUCAUGUACUUCAACAUCUGGACACUCUGUCAGAACAUCACCGUCAUGGAGUCCAUUGACCUCUGCUUUGAUAUUCGUCAGUUUGGUAUUGUGCCUAUUCAUGAGCCGAAGAUGGUCUGCACUUUGAAUGAGAACUUCAACAAACUCUGCCAAUCCAACGAUUUGAACAUGACAUUCCAUUUGUUCAUUGUGGCACUGGCUGGAGCAGGAGCAGCAGUCAUUGCUAUGGUUCAUUACCUAAUGGUGCUCUCUGCCAACUGGGCCUACGUGAAAGAUGCUUGUCGGAUGCAAAAGUACGAGGAUAUCAAGUCAAAGGAGGAGCAGGAGUUGCAUGACAUCCAUUCUACCCGUUCGAAAGAGCGGUUAAAUGCCUAUACAUAAAAUGUCCUUCCCCCUUACUUGCAACAGUCACUUCUUUGUGUCUGGCUAAAACUUAACAACUGACUCACAACCCUGGUUACCAGUUCAGUAAGUUCCUAUGUGAUUUGCCCACACAUUUUUUUUUGAAAAAGUGAUUUAAAAAUCCAAAUGCCUCACCAUUUAGGAGAAAGGACAAACGUCAUUCCACGAACAAAAUUCCAUUGGGUUUGUGAAAUGUUCCUUCUGAUCAUUUUUUCUUAAAUGAGACUUUGAUAUUUGUGAUUUUUUAAAAAGAUAAUUCUUCUCUCUUAUUUUUAUUGAUAGAAAAUUUUUAAUGGAACCAUAUAUAAAGGGAAAGAGAGAGAUCUAUGCUCAAGUUGGGAAAUCACUGUGGCUGAUUUCAUUAAAUAAAUGCUUAAAGCACUCAUAUCAAAUUCCUCUAUUUCCCAUUUAAUGGAGUUUUCUAAUGGAUUAUUUCUUUGAUUAAAGAGGAGAUUUUGAUACCACCAUGAUAACUUAUGUGCUACAAACCACCUGUAGUCAUUUCCAUGCCAUUGUUUUCCCUGUUUAAAUUUUCUGAAUGUCAGAUGAUUAUUUGAAUUUCUCGUGACCUGAUGAUCCUAAUAAUCAGUUUUCUUUACAUUGCAUCCUGAGUUUUCCUACUUAGUUCCAUUAAGAAAAUGUAGCUCUGGGAACCCACAUAGGUCCUAGCGAUGCCUGUCUAUUUGUGGAACAUUCUUUAUUCCAGUCCUGCUCAGUGCCCCUCUCCUUCACCACCUCCUGAUAUCCUGAUGAUUAUGCCAAUGCCUCUAUACAAAUUGGAAAAUUGCAUCAUCCAAAAAUUCCUUGGAUUUCAGGAGUAAACUGAAUAAAAAAGUUUAUACUUGAAAUAUUAACAUAUUUCUGAAUGUUGACAGAUUACUUGUGUACUUCCAGUUGGUCAUUUUAAACAAGGUGAGAUUGUGGGUUGAAUUGAUAGUAUUUGGAGAUUUCAUCCUGUCAUUCCAUUAAUUUACGGUUUAGAGUCCUUUAUUUAGGUUGACUGAGUGUGUCUACCCCUCCUUUGAUUCCUUAAAAUCUUGGCAAUCCCUGCUUUGCUGAGUGCAAUUGGGUUCCACCAGCUUUUCUUUUAAAAAGACUUUUUCACAGGACGAGGUCAGAGGUUUGUUCUCCAUCCCUCAAUUCCCUUGAGAAGUUGGAGUUGAGCUACUUCUUGAUCUUCCAUUGAGGGCUACUUCUCAGUGGCCUUGAUCUUGUGGGGAAAGGAGGCAUUUUGAGGACACUAUCAAGGCCUCGAGAAGUGACUGGACAAAUAAUGAAUGUUCACGUUGCUGCAACGUAACCUGUUUCAUAGGAGCUUACUGCUACAGGACACACACUCCCACAUUCUGUUUCAUCUGGACCUUUGCUUAGCGACUGCAUUUUGCAAGAACUUUUAACUGGAAUACUUCACAUUUAAAGGGGGGAGGGGGUGUGAGAGUAGGGAAAUAAUGCUUUCAGUUCCCAAUUUGGUUCCGGCAACAAAUAUCCGCUUCAGAUUAAAUGGCCAAUCUUUGACAGUUUAAUCAAGCAUUCUUUGUCGAGUGAAAGUAGACUCAAAGUGUAAAAUAUGUAGUUUCUGACGUGGCUGGGGACAAUAAAGGAAUACAUUUUUUUGUUCAUUGUGAACGUCAUUUUGGCUGCUCAUGGCAAAAAGUUGAUGUUAAAUAUUUAGAUGAGGGAUGAAUGAAGAAAGCUGCCAGUGAAACUUGUAAUGUAAAAGUCAUUGAGAGCAAUCCAUCAAAACUGGACCAAAAUGGGUGUGUUGGAUUUUAUUCUGUAUUGCCUAUUGAUACUGCUCUUUGUACGCAGUAUGGUGUCUCCCUUAACAAUGUAGCCUGAACAAGAUUUCCAUCGGUGUUUUUGGAAGUGAAAUCCUAGUUCGUUUUUCUUUUGGUCCAUUCCUCGGACCCAUUGUGGACUAUGGUGAGCUGUUUCCUGACGUAAGUGCAUUUUUAAUGACAUUAAAGGAAUUGAGAUCCGCUUUAUACUGUAACAGUCAUGCAACAUUUGGUAAUUCCUAAGCGUUUUCUGUAUUAGAUUAAGAACUUUGAUGUAGUUGUUAUUCGUAGCAUGGUUAUACACUAGAUAUGAGAAUAGUUUCUCAAGAGUUGACGGCAAGUUUGUUUUAACAGUAGCCUCUCUUACUGUAUCAGUACUGUGUGCAGUAUUAGGGUGCCUAUGUUUCCAGUAUUAUGUUGCGACUCUCUUCAACAACAUUUUAUUGUAGUGUUGGAUUCCUUUCAUGUGAUAUCUAUAGGUUGUGUCAAUUUAAUCUAUGUCCUUUGAUUCAUAUAUGAUGUCUUGUAUUCGGUAAUAACUUAAUGCUAUUGGCUUUCUGGUACUAGUCUUUGUAUUUUCACAAAGAAUGCUUUGUAGCAGGCUGUAUAAUUAAUCUGUUUUUGUACAUGAAUGUGCCAACAGCUUGACAGUGGCUUUUAUUUGACUGUAGGAAGAAAAU